CUUAGAUCUGACGGCGACACCUGGUGGAGGAAAGACGAGGAAUGCGCUGCCGGCAGCUGGAAGGCACCACUUGUUAGGACAGUUAUGAAGAGGAAAAUCAAGAUAGUUCUACAUCAAUGACAAAUAUGUCAAUACUACUUUGAUAACAAAAAAACGAAGCGUUCUGCUCUUACUUUCUGUUCAAUUUGAGGUGUUUUAUUGUAGUAGCUACUCGUUUUUUUCUGCUGCAACGUUUAGCUUCAGAUGUACUGAUGAAUAUUGGUCUUGGAAGCACUUCAUACUUACAAAAGCUACUCCUUGCUUUUCGUUCAUAUUCACCGGAGGACGAGAAUCACAGCAUACCAGCCAACAGUUGUACGCCUAGUGAUCUAGUAGUUGUAAAUGUUUCGGAAGAGGAGCGCGUGCGCCGCAAUGAGGAUGACGAAGACACCGAGUAUUCGCCUAUUGAACAAGGACGAAUCGAGGAUUUCCUAGCCGAAAUCUUAGAAAAAGUUGAGAUCAAAACGGCUGGUAGAAAACGGGAUAAUCUUUCAAAUGCUGGUGACGUGGUAAGUGGUAGUGGUAGUAAUUAUGGAGAAGAAACAACUGCGCAGCAGGUCAUCACUGAAUUCGACAAGGGAGAAGAUGAACAUGAAAGUAAGCUAGAGGUAGAAACAGAAGUAGCAGAAGCAACAAACUCAACGUCAACACCGAGAGGACCUGCAGAAAAUAAUUAAGAGUAGGUUAAAGGUGCUCUUGUUACCGUUUGUUAUGGCUCUCCUAAGGGGGACAGCCAUAACAAGCGGGAGAAACGAACACCAAAAACCUACCUCUAAAAUAAUCACGAAGAACUACACCAUCAAAGCAACUCCAUUAACGACCCAGCAUGCAUCAACGACCAGCACGACUCUGCUGCUCACCAAGCCGAUGCUAUUGAAGAAUCAGUAUUGGACGAGAGCCGUUUCCAGGAGGACUUGCAUUGUUCCACUAUUCAUGAAGCCUCCACUAUCCAUGAAGCCUCUGACACGGCCACACUGUACCAAAGCUUCUUAGAUGACGUUCCGCCUUCCGGUGCAAGUGCCC